AUGCAAACAGAUGCUCAGGCUGAAGCUGUGAAUGUGGAGGAGUGUCCUGAAGCAGGCACAGAAGUCAGGAUACCCUCUCACUCAAGCAUAACCCCAGAAUUAAGUGCAGCCACAAGCAUAAGCGCUGGCAUGAGGACAAGCACAAGUUCUUCAUCUACAGAUAUUUCAUCAACAACACCAGUAUCAACCCCUACAUCUAGACAGGGGUAUGAGAUAGAUCCAAAAUAUAUGCUAGAGCCCCAAGACAGAGAAUUUGAAGUAGGUCCAGAGUUCCUCCUAAAUGACAGCCAAGACACAGAGGCCACUCCAGAACAAGGAGAAUGCACUGAAGAGGAUGUGAAGAAACCCUUGGUAGAGGCAAAGCUAUCCAAUCCUAAGGAACAUGUAAUUGAUGAAUAUUCUGUAUGUCAUGAUGCUUCUUCAGAUGAUGAUUUCUGUAUAAUAACAGAAGAUACUGAACACAAGAAAGACCCUAAGUUUCAAGAAGUCGUUGUGGGUCAAGAACAAGGACAUCAGAAGGUAUCUGAGGCUGCCCCAUCUUGUCCAACCACACCAUUACAAGCUGUGCACCCAGAAGCUAGCUUAAAAAUGCAGCCAAAGAGAACAUAUCAAUACCAUCGUCCACUUUUUGGGGAAGAGUUUGCCCAACUCUGUGGCCCACGAGUGAAGAUGACAGAGGUCUAUGAUUUGAAUAUAAGUAGAUCCUUCCAUGGUGAACAACCUUCUUACCCAGAUAUUGAAGAGGAGCAUAGGGAACAAGAACAAUGUGAAUAUGAAUUCUCCCAGUGUACUGGAAUGCUUCGAAACUUAAAAUAUGAACGGCCUGGGCAGCAACAUACUGGGCAAGGACAAGGACCUCGUGGAUAUCAUAGAGGAGAACAGGUGGUGACUGUUAUAGAUGACAUGGGGUCACCCACCAUGGAAUUUUUUGGAAAUGACAAUUCUCAGCAUUCACGAAAUGAGACACAUAGGAGAGAGAUAGAUUGGGAAGAAGGAUGUUGGGAGGAUCCUAUUGAUUGUGCCCCUCCACCUCUGCAUCAUUCAUCAAGAUCAUUCCAGGAAAUGACUGGAUCACAUCAAACAUUGGCAGCCUCAUUUCAAGCAUCAUUACUGUCAAGGCAAGCAUCAUUAGUGUCAUGUCCAGCAUCUUUACCAUCAUGUUCAGCAUCUGCACCAUCAUGUAUAGUACCUGUACCGAUGCAUAAAGAAUCUGUACCAAUAUGUCAAGUUUCUGCACCAAUAAGUGUAGCAUAUGCACCAUUAAUCCAAGCGUAUGCAUCAACAUGUCAACCAUCUGCACAGGUAUGUCAAGCAUUGGCAGCUUCACGUCAGGCAUCUGGACUGUUAUGUCAAGCAUCUGUAGUGACCCUUCAAGUAUCUUCACCUCGAUGUCAAUCAUUGGCAGUGUCACAUCAAGCAUCUGCACCACCAUGUCAAGCAUCUGCAACAUCACGUCAAGCAUCAGUGGUGUCACAACAAGUAUUGGCAGAAUCAUAUCACCAAUCAGUAAUGUCACCUCAUGUUUCUUUUGACCACCGAAGAGAGAAAAUUCCACACUUUCUGUCCCCUGGACAAGAUAACUCUGGUUCCAUUCAGGCUGAGUAG